AUGGAGUCCGGCCGGGGCUCCUCCGCUCAGGUCGCGGUCGCCGCAGCUCACGCCGCUCGCCGUCCCCUUUACCGCGCUCGAGGCUACCUUCUGGCCGAGACCAGGCUCCACGAGGAUGAAGCCCGCGAGCUCGAGCGCGGCUCUCUGGCCGAGACCGGGCUCCACGACGAUGACGCCCGCAAGCACGCAGAUGGCAGAUGGCGCUGGUCGUCCGUGCAGGCUCCGAGGGAGCAAAUGUGCAGCGGCUCCAGGAGGAAGGCGAUGGACUAUUAG